AUGUCACAGGACAGUGUUGUUGAUGACACAGACAUCGACCGCUUGAUUUUGCAUGCACGCACCAGUGGCAUUGUGGAUACUUUGCCCAGGCUGCCGUGGGAGUCUGGGAUUAUGUCGUGCAUUUUUGGCAAUGGUGUCUUGGAGCAGCCUGUUGUGCGGCAGCCCUGCCCUCCUGCAAUAGAGGACUCUGCUGCCCCGGCCCCCGAGGAUGGGCCGUGCAUUCGUGUCAGGCCUGCCCCGUGCACGUUGUUCGAGAAGUCCUUUUCUGCUCGGGCUGAUGUUUCUACUCAUGCUGAGGAAGAUCACCUUUGGGUCUUAGCGAUCAAUAAGUGGUGUUGCAUCUUUAGCUUGGCGCAGAGCGAUCCUGGACAGGUUGGUGAGCAAGCUGCUCAGUGCUUGAUUGCAGAGGGUGAGUCGGCCAGGGAUGAGUUGAUCCGGGAUGUCUUUGGCAUUAAAUCCCCUAGGACUGCCAUUAAGCGGGCCAACUCCUUGCUUAGGUGUCUGAGGUGGCAUCUUAGAGAAAAGCAGACUGCAUGGCCUUGGGACUGCGACUCAUUUACCGACUUCGUCAAGUCUCUUGGUACAUCGGCAAGUGCAGUGACAAGUCUCUUCGAAGCCAUGAACUUCGCACAUCAUGUCAUGGGCAUGCCCUUUUGCAAAGAGAUCCUUGAGGACCGCAGGUUGCAGGGCCGUGCCAAGAGACUCGAGGGCGACCGGGCAGAGGUGAGGCAGCAGGUUCCCCUCAGUGUGGAGUGUGUUGCCAAACUGGAGAAGCUUGUAGCCAGCCUCACUCUGUGCGAUGCAGACACUUACGUGCUGGGCGGGCUUGUCUUCUGCCUGUACAGCCGAUCGAGGUGGUCCGAUCUUAGAAAUCUGCAGUGCAUAUGGGUUGACUUCGAGGGCGAGGACCAGUUGUCUGGCUUUGUAGAAGCCAGGACACGUGAUCACAAGACAAGCAACACUUCGAAGACGAAGAGGCGGGCGAUGCCUCUGGUAGCUCCGUUCCCUGGAGUUACUGAUGCCAAUUGGGUGCGAGCCUGGUGGAGUGCUGGGCUUAGGCUGGGUGUGCGGUGGGACGAAGAUCCCUUUGGACCUUUGAUCCGUGCACCAAAUGCCGAAGGGCAGCUGUGCAAGAGACGGUGCACUUCGGGCGAAGCCGGUCACAUGUUGUGCAAUGCUUUGGAUCUGGAUGGCGAGCAGCGGCGCACGUCGCAUGUCUUGAAGGGUACAACUUUGGCUUGGGUUGGCAAGCGUGGCUUCGGAGAGCGAGACGGCUUACUUCUUGGUCACCAUGCUCCAGGUUCAGGCUCGCUGGCAUGCUAUAGCCGAGAGCUCUUGAGCGCGCCCCUACGCGCGUACAGGGCAAUGCUUGAGGAAAUCAGGACAAAUGUCUUCAGGCCAGACAAGACCCGGUCAGGAUGGCUUGCAAAGGAGCCUCUGCUACCCACGAUCGGGGAAUUUGCAAGCGUUCAUCUUGGGAGUUCGGGUGGCGCCUUUGGCAUAGGUGUCCGGCCACAGCAUGAGCCAAGCGAAGUGGGACACCCAGAAGUGCCGGGUGAACUUGAACAUUAUCACACGAAUAAUGUGCCUUCAGAUCUGCUCGAAGCCUCGCAGGCAAGUGAGUGCGAUCGUGACGAGGGCUCCUGGCAUCGUGUGGAGCAGCCGACGAACACUGUGGGAGAGCAGGAUCCUGGAUCUGGGAGCGAAAUGCUUUUUCCUGAAUUGUUUGGGGCUGGUGUUCGAGACACGGAUGUGGAGAGCUAUGGGUCCGAUUCGUCGGAUUCUUCGUCGAGCUCUUGUUCUUCCGAAGCCAGCGAGACGGAGGAGCAGACUAUCACAGCGAGUGGAGUGUGCCAGUCGUACGAGAUCAAGGAGCCAUGCUGGCAACACAUCAAGUCGAAAAUGUUACAUCGCCCUCAAGGGGUGCAGAUGGCUUGCAAAACAAGGUGCGGGAGGCGCACGGCCAAUGUGUACAGGUGGCUUGAUGGGUCCUACUUCAAGUGGCCCAGGUGUGCAGUUUGUUGGAAAGGUGAGCUGCUAGAUUCCACACAGGCGCUCAAUGAGCGGCUUGAUGAGCUUAUGAACCGCAAUGGCGGCGAGUAA